AUCAGUAAAGAACGUGAAAACAUACAAAAGAACUCAAAUUCACCAAGGAAAGAAACUCCAGAAGAACAUCUAAACAAGAAAGAAAAAACUCCAGAAAAUGACAAAGACAAGAAUACUGGAAAAGAGGCUAAAGCAAGAAAAGAAUUAGUA